AAGAGCUUGCAACAAUUCAAACAUUUGUCAAUAAAUUUGAAGAACGUUUACCAAACAAAACUAAUGUAGAGUUUGGUGAGAAGAAAUAGAUUGAAUUGAUCAAAAGUGAAGUCAACGAAGAUUUAAGAAUGGCCUGAUGAAUUUCAGUUGGUUCUUCUACCACUCAUUGAUGUGUUUUGAGAUAAGGCGACAGUUGGGCCUCUCUAGUUUCAAACGUAACGAGAUAACGGCUACUAACCACCACCCGCCAAGAGCAAAAUAUUGAACCCGUGUUAGUUUUCUAAAUCCCAACGGCAAUUUAAAAAUAGCGUGCCUCCAUUUUCAAGAUGGCUGCAACCUUAUCUCCCCUCCGCUUCUUAAAAUCCGACCCUCCAAAUAGAGUCGAAGCAGCGAAAGCAAAGCGGGGACAUCGCCUCGUCGCAAACCAAACAAUCCCCGAAUCAACUCGAAGUGGUAAAAAUGGAGAAAAGCCUUCAUCAGAAUCUCUGGUAAGGGGACACCAUCAUCAUCUUGCUCAGACAAGGGCUCUUGCAGCUUACUUGGAAUCUGGGUGCAUAGAAAAUGCACUCUAUCUGUUUGAGAAAAUGUCACACAAGAAAACUUUUGACUGGAAUAUUGUAAUUAGAGGUCUCACAAAUAAUGGGUUCUUUUUAGAAGCCAUUGAUUUCUAUCAUAGAAUGAAAAUCCAGGGCGUUCAGGCUGACAAUUUCACUUUCCCGUUUGUAAUCAAGGCGUGCACUGGGUCAGGCUCUUUGAUAGAAGGAGAGAAGGUUCAUUCAAAGCUUAUUAAAGUUGGUUUAGAGUGGGAUAUAUACAUUUGCAAUUCCCUUAUUGUUAUGUAUGCGAAGCUCGGGUGUAUUGAGUACGCAGAGAAGGUGUUCAGCGAAAUGCAUGUUAGAGACUUGGUUUCAUGGAAUUCUAUGAUUUCAGGCUAUGUUUCGGCUGGGGAUGGUUGGAGCUCAUUGAUGUGCUUUCAGGAGAUGCUGGUAUUUGGGCUAAAAGCUGAUAGUUUCAGCAUGAUCAGUGCUCUGGGUGCUUGUGCUCUUCAGCAUUCUCUGAGAAUCGGGAAGGAAAUUCAUUCUCAAGUGAUCAGGAGUGAGUUUAAACUUGACAUCAAGAUUCAAACAUCACUUAUCAACAUGUACAGCGAGUGUCGCAGAAUGGAUUAUGCAGAAAUGGUGUUUGGUGGGAUUUCUCAAAAAAAUAUUGUAACUUGGAAUACUAUCAUAGGCGCGUAUGCUCUAAAUGCACACCCCCUUGAGGCAUUUGCUUAUUUGAUAAAGAUGCAGGCAGCUGAUGACUUGAGUCCUGACACUAUCACCAUGAUAAACUUGCUUCCCUCUUGUGCACAACUAGGAGCCCUCAUGCAGGGUAAAUCUAUCCACGGCUUUGCCAUUAGGAAAGGUUUUCUUCCUUGUCUAGUCCUGGAGACUGCUCUGGUUGACAUGUACGGGAAGUGUGGGAAGACAGAGCCAGCAGAACGUGUUUUUGGUCAAAUGACUGAAAUGAACUUGGUAUCAUGGAAUUCCAUGAUAUCUACUUAUGUGCAAAAUGGGCGGAAUAAAGAGGCCUUGAAAUUGUUCCUCGAUUUAUGGAAUGAGCCUUUCAGACCUGAUGCUGUCGCAAUCGCAAGCAUCCUCCCAGCUUAUGCUGAAUUAGCCUCACUGAGGGAGGGCGAACAAAUCCAUGGUUACAUUGUGAAAUUAGAGUUUGGUUCAAACAUCUUCAUCUCAAAUUCGAUUGUUUACAUGUAUGCGAAAUGUGGUUAUCUCAAAACUGCACGAAGAAUAUUUGAUCAUAUGUUGUUUAAGGAUGUUGUUUCAUGGAACGUGAUAAUUAUGGCCUAUGCCAUUCACGGGUUUGGGAGAAUCUCCAUUGAAUUGUUCUGUGAGAUGGAGAAAAAGGGGAUUGGGCCCAACGGAAGUACAUUUGUUUCGCUGCUCUCAUCUUGCAGCAUUUCUGGCUUGGUUGACAAAGGUUGGGAAUACUUCAAUUCCAUGAAAAGGCACUACUCUAUUGAUCCAUGGGUAGAGCACUAUGGUUGUAUGCUUGAUCUUCUCGGUCGUGUAGGAAAUCUUGAUCUAGCGAAUUCAUUCAUCAAAGAAAUGCCGGUGGUUCCAACGGCUAGAAUAUGGGGAUCUUUUCUGACUGCAUGUAGAAACAACAAAAACAUAGAACUGGCCGAACUUGCAGCUAAGCACAUUUUAUCCUUGAGACAUGAUAAUACAGGGUGUUUUGUCUUGCUUUCUAACAUGUAUGCUGAACUUGGGAGAUGGGAAGAUGUUGAGCAAAUUAAAGGUCUUAUGCAGAAAGAAGGGAUUGAGAGAACCAGUGGAUGUACCCUGAUUGAGAUCAACAGUGAAUCUUACAGGUUCAUCAAUCAAGAUAUGUCCCAUGUUGAAACCAACACGAUCUACAAUGUGCUGGAUAUUAUAUCAAGAAAGGCCGCGAAAGACAUUGAUGAUCACCAUACCACCAAGUUCAUACCGCUGGAUAUAAUGAAGAAAAAAGCAAACUCGCCAAAAAGUCACAGUGUAAGAUUGGCAAUCUGUUUUGGCUUGAUCUCCACAAUAGUCGGCAAACCCGUUCUUGUGAGGAAAAACAUCAGAAUAUGCAAAUAUUGCCACACUGCUGCAAAGAAGAUUUCAGAGAUUACCAAAAGAGAGAUAAUUGUGGGAGAUUCGAAGAUAUAUCAUCAUUUCAUAGAUGGUCAGUGCUCAUGCAGCGAUUAUUGGUGACUACAGAACUUCCAAAUACACUUGAUAAAAAUAGUAAAACCCAUUAACCUGUAAGCUUUUUUCUUUUUUGUCCUGAUUUUUUGAUGAACACAUUGCAGGCACCAGAUUAUCAGAUCUGUAAUGUAAACAAUUAAACAUCUCUUGUCCAUUUGUAUAUUUUUACUGCCAAGUAAUAAAAUUGCUCAAUAUGUUCAAACAA